AUGUACAAGUUACAACGCACUCUAUAUGCCAAUGAGUACAGGAAAGAAGAUCCUACAUAUCAACCAAACCCUUUUAUUACCAAGGAGAAAAAGGAUAUCAAAUCAAAUAACAUGACCAUUAAAACCUAUGUACAGACCAUACAUAAGGAUGCGCUGAAGAUCAUAAAAACUCCACCGAAACAUAGACCCAAUUUAACUUUGGAUGAAAAGGCUGCACUUCAGGAUCUCCGUGAUGAUGCGAACAUAGUAAUUCACCCUGCUGAUAAAGGCAGAGGCGUUGUGAUUCAAUCAUACCAGCAAUACAAGUGUGAAAUUAUGCGACAGCUGAAUGACACUUCAACGUAUCGAAAACUCACUUAUGAUCCUGUGCUGGCAUUUCAAAACAAGAUCCAACAACUUAUUGAUAUGGGCCUCCAAGCUGGAUAUAUUGAUUCUAACACAGCUAAAUAUCUUUUGGUGAUUCACCCUAUACAUCCAGUUCUUUACACCUUGCCCAAGAUCCACAAAUCCAGCCAUAACCCCCCAG